CGGCACUUUGUUGGCCUGGUUGCUGCUUAUGUUUGCCUGGUUUUCACCUUCAUUUUGUUUUGGAUAUUGACACGAGUUAUCAGACAGUAAAAGAUUGUAAACCAAAAUUAAUGGUGGAGGAGCAGACCAUAGUCGUUGACGAUGACAUCACCAACGUGAACAGGGAAAGCAGUGAUGACCAGUUUCUGAUCAAUCGCAGCCGCCGCAAUGCCGUUCACUUUUCCAGCGUCGGGGAGUUCCUCUCCAGCCUCAACAUCACAGACACAGGCCUGACUUCGCUCAAGGGUCUUCACUCCCUCAGUCUGGAGCACUAUAAGAAAUGUAUGCUGGCUCCCGAGGAGAGCGACAGGGAAAUUCAUUCCUCGGGUAGCAUGAUUGAAAAUGAGAUUGGCCAGCCCCCAGCCGAUCGUAUAUAAGGUCGUGAGAUGGUCCAAUGUUGAGGGAUGUAACCCAAACAAGAUACAGAAUUAAAAGCCAUUUCGAAAAGA